CUCUCACACUCUCUCUCUCUCUCACUCGCUCGCUCUCUCUCUCUCUCUGUGUUUUAUCCCUGCGUCACACCAACUCGGUGAAGACAUGGCGUCUCUCGGCGCUUGACACGGGUCUCGUUGGCGUGAACAGACCCCGAGAAAUACAAGGCGUUAGGCUGUCAGCAAAGGGACCGACCCCCGCGGCGCGCCGCUGCGAGGAUAGGCCGAGAGGAAACCCCAGCACACACACACGGCGAAAAAAAAAGUAGCAGAGCGCAGGAGAGACGACGAGAGGCGCUCCGAAUCCGAGCGCAGUUUCGGCUGCGCAGGGAGACGCCGAGUUCUGCCGAACCGAGCCGAACCGGACCAGGAGGGUGAGGGGAGGGCGAGGGGGGGCGGGUGAGAAAGAAGGGGCGGGUCUGCCAAAUAAAUCAAGUCUGAACCUGAAGGUGACGUGAUGGAAGGCCAGGCCACCUCAGGAGGUCAGAGUUUGAAGGUUGCCCAAGGUCACGGUGGUCAGCAGUUCGCAGAGGGAGAUGAUGUGCUGGCAAGGUGGAGUGAUGGCCUGCUGUACCUUGGCAAUAUCAAGAGGGUUGACAAAGCGAAGGAAUCUUGUUUAAUUCGCUUUGAAGAUAACUCAGAAUUUUGGGUCCUCUGGAAAGACACACACUCUUCUGUAAGCCCUGGAAUGGAAGGUGUGUGUUGUGUUUGUAAAGGACAGGAGUCAAUUCCAAGGGACAGAAUUAUCAGCUGCCAUAAGUGCCGGCACGGUUACCACCAGCAGUGCCAUGUGCCACGGAUAGAAGGAGACCUAGAUGUUACUCCCUGGACCUGUAGACAGUGUGUGUUUGCUGUUGCCACCAAGAGAGGGGGUGCCAGAAAGAAAGGCCGCUUUGCCAGGCUCAUGCAGGCCAUGAAAUUGCUUUUGCCGUAUCAACUGUCAGAUUUGGACUGGGACCCUCAGCACCUGACAAAUCAGCAGCAAUGUUAUUGCUACUGUGCUGGACCUGGGGAAUGGAAUCUGAAAAUGUUACAGUGUUGGACGUGUGGGCAGUGGUUUCAUGAAGCAUGUACCCAGUGCCUGACUAAACCACUGCUGUAUGGGGACAGGUUCUACCAGUUUGAAUGCUCUGUCUGCACAAGGGGGCCUGAGACUAUUAGGAGACUCCCAAUGAACUGGGUAGAUGUGUCACACCUGGUCUUGUACCACCUAAGUCUGUGCUGCAAGAAGAAAUACUUUGAUUUUGAGCGUGAGAUUUUGUCCUUCAUCAACGAGAACUGGGAUUCACUGAUGCUGGGAUCGCUGUCAGACACACCCAAAUCAGAGCGAGGUGAGAAUAUCCUCACUGCCUUGAACUCACACAGAGACAGAUUUGUUUCUGGUAAAGAAAUUAAAAAGAAGAAAUGUCUAUUUGGGCUACAUCUACGGGCACCUCCCCCUUUAACCUCUGACCUGACACCUGUGACACCUGAUCUGUCCUCUGUGAUGCCACAGGGGGGAGGUUCAUCCCAGUCCAGAAGAAGCCCUUUGGCUGAACGAGCCUUAGGUCAACGUCGAGAAAAGAAGCCAGAACCAGAAUCCCGAAGUCUGGAGCUCCGGACACGAAAAGCCAAGCGAGCAUUCAGUCGAGCAGUGACGCAGGAUUUAGUUCCGAAUCCAGUGAGCCCCAAUCAGCUUUAUCAAGGGUAUGUGGGGAGUUCCAGCACCUAUAAUUUCAGACGGCCAGAGGAGCGAUGGGCACAGGGUUCACCCCCAAAGAGAAUGUUUGCUUCCUUCCACCCUUCUGCCAGUACUGUCUCUCAGUUCAGUUCACCUCCUGCAAGUGCCCAGUAUCAAUACAGUGAGGAGGACAGCACAUACCAGCCUUCUCAGGUGUUUAUGGAUUUAACCGACCAGAAGCAGGACCCAUCCCAAGCUCAGAAUAUCAGUUCCUGUUCCUGUACAUAUGCCCCUAAUUCAUCUGUUGGCUUCACAAGUCAAGGAGCAAAUCUGACGAGAGAAGCUGUCCGAAUUCUAGCCCGGAGAGUAACAGUUGAUGGCACUGUUCAGUACUUGGUGGAGUGGGGAAAUGUCAACAUGUUCUGAUUGCCUGAAAAUGGAGCAGUAUGGCUUUGUGUACGGGUGUGCUUGGUUCUGCACAGCACACAGCAGCUACUGUUCGUAUGAAAGAGGACUUGAACCAGAUGUCAAGUUAGUCACUGCAUUCCAGCUUGGGCAUGCUGUGCCAUUAACCAGAUAUUGUGUCUGCUUGUUUGUACGUAUGGUUCUUGAUAGAACUGGUAACAAGCAGCAUUCUGCCAAGUUCACAAGUCUCCUUGGUGAAUGUCUGUCUGUGUGCUGUGCAGGCCAAUUUCUCAAAUUCCAUUCAUGUUAGAAAAAGCAACGUUUGCUCAUUUGGAGAGGAAUUUAGUCAAACAUGUUCCAAGUUAAAUUUUAUUAUAUUGGAAAUGUGUUUUUUUAUGUACAAAGCAGAAUUUUAUAUUCAUCAGCCUGUAUUUAAUUUUAUUUUUGACAGCUUUAUUUUCUUUUAUCAGAAACGACAACAGUAAAGUAUUAGAGGAAACUGCCGCCAAAGCUUUGAAAGCUGAAUGUAAACAGCUGGCCUUAAAAGUAGUGGGAGUGACAAAAGCCGACUUCCCGAAAACCUGGUACUCCCUGCCUGCCAAGCUUCCGUCUGACUUGGCAUCGUUUACUCAUCCCUUGUAUUUAAAGACAGAAAAAGAUCAGAUUAAACUUUAGAGGGCCUCAUUAUUAAAAGUUUCUUACAAGGAACAUUUUGAUUUUGGAUAUUUUCAUUAAAAUCUUUAUUGUUCAUUUAAUAUACAGUAUGUUGUUUUCUUAUAUAGAGUAACUUAUCUUCCUCAUCUGGAAGCCUAAGCUCAAAAGAGACAAGCUGCUUAAAAAGACUCAAAUGGCCAUAUUUAACUGACUGUACAAGCUUUAAUGCAUUCUGCAACUGAGCAGCGUGGCCGACUUUCACUGAACAAAGUGCAUUUCUAACUCGAUGACAAAACAUCUGAAUGAAUUUUUGGGCUCAGUUGUUAUUUGAGGAGAGUUCUCUGACCAGAAGCCCUCUGGUGUGAUGUAGGACAGACCACAGGGGCUAUGAGAUAAUGUGUGCUUAACCUGCAGCUCUGUGACAGAGCAUCUCACAGAAUCCAGAGGCUCUGCCACAUUGGGAACUAAAAUUCACAGCUGUAAAACAGCUACUGAUAUCACAAAGUCUACUUUGUGCACCCAGACAAUGCUGUCUAUGAAAAGCAAACAAAAAAAGUUUAAUUUAUUUAUUUAAUUCAAAUGUGAAUUAUAUGUUUUGUUCAGCUAAAAAAAGCAUGGUGUAUCGUGGACAAAGUUAAACACCUGGGAGUUUAUUGUUAUUCUGCAAAAUGCCGUAAAGUUUACAGUAUUUAACACAAAACUACUGUAGGCUCCUGAAUUUUUUAUGUUGAACAUUUUAAUUAGAUUAUGUUGCAGAAUGUUUUUUUUUUCUGUUUGCGGUUUAAUUUGUGGAGAGAGCAACUAACUUAAGAAGCCAUGCUUGGCCAGUGGAACACAGGCAGACAAAAGGAGUCUAAUAUGCAUUUUUGCUCCUGUGGGGUAAAGCGUUAAGCUCCUGUCAGCACAUGCUGCUUAGUUUUUGCAGAUACUAAAGAGCUAGUCUGAGUACGGAAUUUUAACAGGGGAGGUUCGUAUAAAGAAUGAAGGAGAUUUCUGUCACAGUGGAUGAUUCUGUCCAUCAGAUGUUACGAGUCUUGCCUCGCCUAUGUUUAAACAUUGAUUACUUCUUUUUUGAAAUGUAAAUAUAUUUUGCCAAAAGACAUACAAUAAAAAUAUAUAUGUGACCUA